AUGUGUCAUGGGUCGAACUCCGGUCUUUAUCUCCUAUCAAAUUACACCAACAUGAAGAAUCCCAAAAUGAUUAAGGAGUUUAAUGGGGUGAUCCCUUCCGGUGACGAUAAAUUUAAACCAGAUAGAAAGGAUCCUUGGCUUCGAGACAUUAUUGUAAUUGCUGAAAAGAUUUUCAUAACAGAUUUUGGAAAUUCUUCCGUUAAAGUGUUUGAUAUGGAAGGAAAACCACUGGCCAAAAGAGUGUUAACCGGUCCACCGAAUAGCAUAACACAAGUCAAACCGGAAGUGAUAGCAGUCACCAUUCCAUUCGAUGAUGACCCUGCAGUUCAGUUGUUAGAUAUUAAAGAUUUAGAAAUGACAGUGCAGACCUGUCUUCAGACUCAAUAUACAUUCCGAGGUAUCGCUAAAUUAGACGAUUCCUCUAUGGUCGUCAGUACCGCUUGGUGGAAUGGUCUUGGACGUGCUUUCAUCAUCUCGCAUGAUGGAACGGUCGUCAAAUCGUAUGGUCAUCCCACCGAAGAGAAAAAAGCUCUAACCCAAUGUGCUACGUUUCUGUGCUGCACCAAAUCUGGUGAUAUUGUAUUGUCUGAUUGUAAUGAAAACUGUAUUGUAUGUCUGAAACCAGAUGGAAGCAUUAAAUAUACGUGCUAUGGUACCAAAGAUGAAGAGUUUCAGCUAGUGGUCGGAGUAACUUGUGAUAGCGAUGGAACUGUUUAUGUGGCAGAUGAGCACAAAAAUAAUAUCUUCGUAAUAUCCAAUGAUGGAAAAGAUGUAACCUUAUUAUUUGAUAACGAGAAUGAUUUCGAUCAACCAUGGGGCGUCCAUGUUGAGGAAAAGAAACUCUAUGUUGCCGAGCGGCACGGGAAAAUUAAAAUUUUCGAUUUGAGCGAAUAA